CGUUACUCGUCGACGACAUUGAAACUUAAAGUGAGAGUUUAAGCGGCGUGUCGUUAAAAAUCCAACGUCGUCGUUUUUGUGAUAAUGAAUUUUCUUUCCCGAUUUAUACGUCGUUGUUAGUUUUCCUCCGCCGCGAUUUCCGUUUUUCGUAAUCGUAAAUGGACCAUUUACGCGCCCGGUAUCUUACGAGUGGUUUAUAAACGACAUAGGCAGCGGACAAGCGAGUAAAAGAAACAUGAGGCAAAUUCUGUGGUGUUCGGCCGUACUGGUCUGCUUUUUGGCGACUGUUGCCGAAAGUAAAAGCUUAUCAAAGAGGGAAGCCAAUUACGCGUCGGCGUACGAACACGGGGAGGUCCACCACGUAGAUCUAGACAAAUACAAAGACAAAAAGAAAGUGGAAGUUACGUUUGGAGUGAAAAAUGCACUGAUAGGAUUCGUAUUCGACUUGCUUAAAAAAAUUGCGAAACAAAAAAUCAACAAGUUCAUCGACCACAAGACCCACUGGGUCGCACAGUUGGACAAACAAAACAUUCUCAAGAACAAAGCUCAGCACAUAUAUCCUCCUGCGGAUCCCAAAUUGGAAUUGUCUUCAUUGGUCUCGGGUUUCCUUGGUCAAAAAAUUGAGGCCGCUGCUCCUGUUCUCCACAAAUUAGCAAGCGGAUCGAGUGGCGGAUCAGGCUCCAACCAUGGAGGAGGGUUCAAUUUGGGCGCCUUGGUCGGCGGACAUUAGCGAAGUUGUAGAUAGUCUUUGCUUCGUCGGGCACUGUCGGAGUAUGUUAAGAACGGGAGAUUAUAUAAAAAUAUAUUUGGACACCUUUGCGGCCUUCAAGCUCCAUUCACACUCACGUCUGUGCACCUACCGACUACUUAGUUAUAACCCUGUUUUUUUUCCUAUUGACUUUUCCCAGCACCAACCAAUACUAUCGAUUCCGGUCUUUUUGCUACUAUGGUUCUUCUUCUUCUUUCUGCUUUAAGUACAUUGACACUUUUUAGGUUAACAGAGCUUUCCGUUCGACAAUUAUUUCGUAUUUUAUUACUCAAUUGGUGAUAUAAUCUCCCAGUGUCCUAAACGACGUUCCAAAUUAUUAGCUGAAUGUUUUUUUUUUUUGGAGAACGUGUCUUCGUUUAUUAUUAAAGAUUACAACAAAGCAAUUAAAACCACAAUUAGUGUUAAUUAGUUACCGGCAAAGUAUAAUUUAGCGUUUGCAAACUGGUUAAAAAUACACCCGGUGUAUGUUACUCAGAAUGUAAAUGAAAGUAGAAGAUAAUUAUUGAGUUAUAUUCUAGUCCGCACUUUUUCACUAAAGGUGCUUAUAAUGGUUGGCAAAACGUCAUUAAAUCACGCGUUUCCCCUUUAUAAAAUUUUAGUAGAGUUUUAAUAUCGCAUGUUAGAACGCAAACUGGUGCUAAGGGCCUUUUCUUAUUCAGUACAGUCUUUGUUGUAAUCUUUAAUUAUCUGAAUUGUCUUACUUUCUCGGCGUGCCCUUUUAUUUAUUGUUUUUGCUCAAUUUUCUCAUGACUUUUAGGAAUUUUCAACAAUUGUUACGCUCUCUUGGAUUAAUUUUAUCGUAUAUGCUUAUGCAUAUGCAUAUGCUUCCGCAAUAUUUUAUUUGAGAUUAUAAGUUUUGUAAAUAAUUUCAAAUCUUUGAAAAUCUAAAUAGGCAAUUUUUUUAGAUCUUUGUUUUGUAGAUAUUGUACAUAUAAGUUUUUAUUAAAACUCAUAUUUAUAAAAAA